UACUCUCCAAUCGCCGCCAUACCAUUACCAACCAAUACGAUUCGCGUUCUCGGAUUUCUGGAAUCAGCGUAGACCAGGAAGACGAGAGAGACAGUAAUCAAGUCAGAGCAAGUAGAAGCUGUGCAGCGUAAGAGCCAUGGCAUCUGUGAUUCUGAAACGUACAAGCUCCUCUGUUCUGAAGUCAAUGGUGGAUGGUUUUCGAAUCGGGGCAUCGUAUAGGGGCUACGCGAAGCUUGCAGUUGGGAACGACAUAGUCUCGGCCGCACCUGAUGUCUCGCUCCAGAAGGCUCGGACCUGGGACGAAGGUGUCUCCUCGGAAUUCUCUACCACGCCAUUGAAGGACAUAUUCAAGGGCAAGAAAGUCGUCAUAUUUGGCCUCCCUGGUGCACACACUGGAGUUUGUUCAGCGCAACAUGUGCCUAGUUACAAGAACAACAUUGAUAAGUUCAAAGCUAAGGGAAUCGAUUCUGUGAUAUGCGUGGCUGUUAAUGAUCCUUAUGUUAUGAAUGGGUGGGCAGAGAGACUUCAAGCAAAAGAUGUUAUUGAAUUUUAUGGGGACUUUGAUGGGAAAUUCCACAAGAGCUUGGAGUUGGAUAAAGAUCUUUCUGUUGGUUUGCUAGGACAUCGCUCUCAAAGGUGGUCAGCAUAUGUGGAUGAUGGGAAGGUUAAGGUCCUUAAUGUGGAGGAAGUGCCUUCUGACUUCAAGGUUUCAGGUGGCGAGGUUAUUCUGGGACAGAUCUAAAGCUGCUUUGGUUCUGUUUAAGCGAUGACAAUCUAGACAAGUGAUUAGUUAGUCUUUUGUCAAACCACAAAGCUAUCUAGCUGAAUAAGAGAUGAAUGAAGAGUGUCUCCAGCGUUUCAUAUGCUAAUACUGUGAUUCCCUGGCGAUGUCAUCCCAAAGUUUUUUUUUUCUCUCUUCAGACGGAAUAAAUUUUAUUGAUAUAUUUUUACGAAUAAGUUAAGAUAUAGUCAUUGUGUUGAAUUUCC